UUCACGGUGCAUGGACGGAAAGCCAAUGCGCAGGUGUACCAGUACUCGACCAGGAGAGACCGGAAUGGACGUGACUAGCCGUUGCACACUUGGAGAUCCUAACAAACUGCCAGAAGGGGUGCCGCAGCCUGCUCGCAUGCCCUACAUCUCUGACAAGCACCCUCGACAAACUUUGGAAGUCAUCAAUCUUCUCCGGAAGCACCGGGAGUUGUGUGAUGUGGUGCUAGUAGUCGGUGCAAAGAAGAUCUAUGCCCACAGGGUGAUUCUGUCAGCCUGCAGCCCUUACUUCCGAGCCAUGUUCACUGGGGAGCUGGCAGAGAGUCGGCAGACAGAAGUAGUGAUCAGAGACAUCGACGAAAGGGCCAUGGAACUGCUGAUUGACUUUGCGUACACCUCUCAGAUCACUGUGGAAGAGGGAAAUGUCCAGACCUUGUUGCCCGCUGCUUGCCUUCUCCAGCUGGCUGAGAUCCAGGAGGCCUGCUGCGAGUUCCUUAAGAGACAGUUGGACCCUUCCAAUUGCCUGGGCAUCCGAGCUUUUGCUGACACUCACUCAUGCCGUGAACUGCUGAGGAUUGCUGACAAGUUCACACAGCAUAACUUCCAGGAGGUAAUGGAGAGUGAGGAGUUCAUGCUGCUUCCUGCCAACCAGCUCAUAGACAUUAUAUCCAGUGAUGAGUUAAAUGUUCGCAGUGAAGAGCAGGUGUUCAAUGCAGUGAUGGCCUGGGUGAAAUACAGCAUUCAGGAAAGAAGACCCCAGCUGCCACAGGUCCUGCAGCAUGUCCGUCUACCGCUGCUGAGUCCCAAGUUUCUUGUGGGUACAGUGGGCUCUGAUCCGCUUAUUAAGAGCGAUGAGGAAUGCCGGGAUCUAGUGGAUGAAGCUAAAAAUUAUCUGCUGUUGCCCCAAGAGCGGCCGCUGAUGCAAGGACCAAGAACUAGACCGCGCAAACCCAUCCGCUGUGGAGAAGUGCUCUUUGCAGUGGGAGGCUGGUGUAGCGGGGAUGCAAUUUCCAGUGUUGAGCGCUAUGACCCUCAAACCAAUGAGUGGCGGAUGGUGGCUUCCAUGAGCAAAAGACGCUGUGGUGUUGGAGUCAGUGUUCUGGAUGACCUCCUCUAUGCUGUGGGAGGCCAUGAUGGUUCGUCUUAUCUUAACAGUGUAGAAAGGUAUGAUCCGAAGACCAAUCAGUGGAGCAGUGAUGUGGCACCAACCAGCACCUGCAGGACCAGUGUUGGAGUAGCAGUUCUUGGGGGCUACCUCUAUGCUGUGGGUGGCCAGGAUGGUGUCUCUUGUCUCAACAUUGUGGAAAGAUAUGAUCCCAAAGAAAACAAAUGGACUCGAGUGGCUUCCAUGAGCACCAGGCGCCUGGGAGUGGCAGUGGCUGUGCUAGGGGGCUUCCUCUAUGCUGUGGGAGGCUCUGAUGGGACUUCUCCUCUCAAUACUGUGGAACGCUACAAUCCCCAGGAGAACCGCUGGCACACAAUUGCACCCAUGGGGACGAGGAGGAAGCACCUGGGCUGUGCGGUAUACCAAGACAUGAUAUAUGCUGUGGGAGGCAGAGAUGAUACGACAGAGCUCAGUAGUGCUGAGAGAUACAACCCUCGAACCAACCAGUGGUCUCCUGUUGUGGCCAUGACAUCCCGCCGGAGUGGAGUUGGCCUUGCAGUGGUGAAUGGACAGCUGAUGGCAGUGGGGGGUUUUGAUGGCACAACAUACUUGAAGACCAUUGAGGUGUUUGAUCCAGAUGCUAACACAUGGAGGUUGUAUGGUGGGAUGAACUAUCGGCGGCUGGGAGGAGGAGUAGGUGUUAUCAAAAUGACACACUGUGAAUCCCAUAUAUGGUAAGCAUCAAGAGGGAGGGAGACCCCUUGGUUCUCAUUCCUAGAAAAACUGAAGAGACUUGUUGACACUGGACCUCUUUGCAGCUCUAGUAUGAACGGUCUAGAUCCAAUGUAACUCUU